CCCAAAAUAGCACAAGUCACUGGAUAGAUUCUACCUUUGCCACCAGGGCAGCCCCCGGAGAAGAGAGAUGGUCCACACUUGGGCCUGGAAUAGGGCUCAGGAGAAACAGCACGUGGGCCUUGGAAGAGGCCAACAUUCCAACUUACAUCUCACCUCUCUCAGGAGCCAACAAGACCACAGUCUCCACCCGGAGUCCGCAAGACCAAUGCUGGGAGACCUACGUUGGACAGGAGAUGCUGAAGCUGUCUAUCAUCGACAUGCUCUUCACCGUGGCCAGCAUUCUGCUCAUAGACUUCUUCAGAGGACUUUUCGUUCGGUACUUAAGUGACUACUGGUGCUGGGACCUGGAAAGCAAGUUUCCUGAAUAUGGGGAAUUCAAAAUUGCAGAGAACGUGUUACAUUUAGUCUACAACCAAGGAAUGAUUUGGAUGGGAGCCUUCUUCUCCCCAUGUCUCCCUGCCUUCAACGUCCUCAAGCUCAUUGGGCUGAUGUACUUGCGCAGCUGGGCUGUGCUGACCUGCAAUGCGCCGCAUCAACAAGUCUUCCGGGCCUCCAG